AAAAUGAUCCCGGGAUCCGCUGCAUCAAUGCUACCCUCUGCCGAAGCCGCGAAACUCUACCAGACCAAUUAUGUCCGCAACUCCAGUGUCAUCGGACUCCUGUGGGCCAUCUUCACCAUCCUGUUCGGCAUCGUGAACGUGAUCAUCUUCUCGCAGCCCUAUUGGAUCGGGGAUGGCAUGGACACGCCGCUGGUGGGCUACUUCGGCCUCUUCCACUACUGCAUCGGGGACGGGAUCUCCAGAGACCUGGACUGCCAGGGCACCUUCACCGAGUUCGCCGCCAUCCCGUCCACCGCCUUCAAGGCCGCCUCCUUCUUCGUCGGGAUGUCCAUGAUGCUCGUCUGCUCCUGCAUCGGCUGCUUCAGCCUCUUCUUCCUCCUCAGCACCUCCACCGUGUACAAGAUCUGCGGCUGGAUGCAGGCAUUAUCAGGUGUCUGUCUGGUAAUGGGUUGCAUUAUCUAUCCUGACGGCUGGGACAGCGACGAGGUGCGGAGGAUGUGCGGGGAGCAGACGGACAAAUACAGCCUGGGAGCCUGCUCGGUGCGCUGGGCCUACAUUCUGUCCAUCAUGGGCAUCCUGGAUGCGCUCAUCCUCUCUUUCCUGGCGUUCGUGCUGGGGAACCGGCAGGACGGACUCAUGUCAGAGGAGCUGCUGGCUGAGAGCAAGGAGGGAGGCAACGCCUAAUCAAAUCAACAUCGUUCCUGAAUCUCCAUGUUCGUUUCCAUUAAGUCCCUCAACAUCCUAGAAAGUGUGGAGGCAGUCCAGGUCUGUGGAGGAGAGGAAUACCGUUGAACCAGCCAGCCUGCCUUUCACAUCUACCUGCCAAACUAAAACAACCUGUGUAACCCAUGCACCCCAGAAGUCCACCACAGUCCCUUUAUGUCA